AUGGCACGGUACUAUACCACUAGUGAGGCUUUGGAAAUGGUGCUGGACCCCGAUCGCGAUGAUGGCCCCGCGUCAUCCUCCGAGGAUGGCUCCGCGUCUUCAUCGGAGGAUUCUGGAGAUGCAGAAAAUGUAUCGGAGGUGGAAACUGAGGAGCUGGAUUCCAGUUCAUCUGGCGAAAAUGAGAGUGGAGAGAGUGACGAAGAGCCAGCAGAGUGGAGGUCUAAGAACAGAAGUAUUGUGUGGGCUCCCACAAAUGCCCAGACAUUGCGUUAUGUCCCGGUAGCCACGGGACUCACCCCAGGACCCACACAUUACGCUACUGCACGGAUUAGCAACCCAAAGUCCAGCUUUGAUUUGUUUCUAACAGACAAAAUGGUGAGGAUCAUAGUGUCGAUGACAAAUAUUCAAGGAAGACGAACGAUCGACAAUUGGAGAGACGUGGACGCGGAUGAGACAAGAGCCUAUGUGGGAUUGCUGAUUUUGUCCGGUGUGUACCGUUCACGGGGUGAGUCAACGCACAGCCUCUUUAGCGAGAAAAGCGGACGGCGGAUUUUCCGGGCCACCAUGUCGGUGAAAAGAUUUCAUCACAUCACCAGGGCUUUACGCUUUGACGAUAAACUUUCCCGACCUCGACGCGGUGGUGACAAACUCGCUCCAAUACGGAGAGUUUGGGACAUGUGGGUGCACCGGCUCCAGAUGCUCUUCUGCCCGGAUAGAGACAUCUACGUGGACGAGCAACUUGUGCCAUUCAAAGGGAGGUGCGGAUUUAGGCAAUACAUGCCAAAGAAGCCUGCAAAAUACGGCCUGAAAAUUUGGGCACUAUGCGAUGCAAAGACGUCAUAUGCCUGGAAACUCCAAGUAUACACAGGCAAAGCAGCUGGCACACAAGCGGAGAUCAACCAGGGAAUGAGAGUAGUGCUGGAGAUGACAGAUGGGCUCAAGGGACACACUGUCACUUGUGACAAUUUCUUCACCUCCUUUCCUCUGGCUGAUGCGCUACUGAAGAGAAAGAUGGCCCUGGUUGCCACAAUUAGAAAAAAUAAGCCAGAGCUUCCCCCAGUCUUGCUCCAGACAAAAGGGAGAGAGGUGCACUCCUCAAUCUUCGCCUUCAAGAAUAAUCACACCCUGGUAUCUUACGUCCCCCGACGCGGAAAAAACGUCCUCCUCCUGAGCACCAAGCACCGGGCUCCUUCCAUAACCAAUGACAAGAGAAAGCCAAAAAUAAUAACGGACUACAACCAGUGUAAAGGCGGUGUCGACAAUCUUGAUAAGGCUGUCGGCACCUACUCCUGCAGGAGACGCACAGGACGGUGGCCACUGGCCCUAUUCCACCACCUGCUUGAUGUUUCCCUCUAUAAUGGCUGGGUGUUGUGGAACGAAAUCGACCCAUCAUGGCAUCGGGCCAAAACACACAGGAGAAGGCUAUACAUCGAGGAGGUGGGCGAGACGUUAAUCCAGCCGUGGGUCGCGAAGAGAGGGUACCUUCCCCGCGCACCGCUCGCAGCAGAUCUGGAAGAACGCCUGAAGCCAGGGGACUGGGUGCUGAUAAAGGUCAUAAAGAGGAAGUGCUGGUCGAAGCCACGGUGGGACGGACCAUAUCAGGCUCUGCUGACAACACCAACAGCUGUGAAAAUCGCAGAACGACCCUCCUGGAUACACCAAAGCCACUGCAAGAAGGUGACACACAUCCAGGCCAGCUCGGAAGUUGAACAUCACCCUAGCAACCGACGGAAGCGUGAGGUGGAUAUAGCCUCACCAAACUCUUUUGGAGUGACAGUAGACACUGGAGUGCCGCGGGAAUUCCGCAUUUGGAGUGGAGGAGCUAAGUUCUUCCAAAGUCUGAUCCCAAACAUUGGAGUUGCAGAGGUGCGGGAUCACGUGGAGAUCAACCGGUAUGCCCUACUGCGACACAUUAAUCUUACUAAGACUCUGGGGACAGCCUUAGCGGAGGAGCAAAAGGCCAUCAGAACGAUGAAACCACAGCCCGGGGACCUGAUUGAGAUCUCUCGUGGCCUGUAUGCGCACUGGGCUGUGUAUGUUGGUGAUGGCUUUGUUGUUCACUUUGGAGUGCCAGCUGCAGACCUUAGUCCAGUCUCCAAGGCAGUGUCUUCCCAAACUGUGGAGGGCCGUGUGAUGAAGGAGAAGCUGGAGUCUGUAGCUGGAAAUGACAAGUGGCAAGUCAAGAACAGUUUGGAUGUGAAGCACAAACCCCGUCCAGCUAAGGACAUUGUGAAGGAUGCCCUUGCAUCGGUUGGCAAAGUGCGGAAGUACAACCUCAAAGAGAGUAACUGUGAACACUUUGCCAAUGAGAUGCGUUAUGGUGUAGCCGUGUCUCAGCAGGUGGGUUGA